UGCCUGUAAAGACAAAAUCCGCGGAUCUAUCUCCACGCACCAUCUCCAUUCAUCUCCUCCACUCUCCCUCUGAACCCCUUUCCUCUCCUUUCUCUCUUUAUCUCUACCUCCUCACGUCCUCUAAUUCUGGUUCCUGCCCAGCUUCACCCUCUUCAGUCUCGACACACCCUGAUUCGGCUUCUGUUGUUAAUUCUCUGGCAUGCCCUUUUCGUUCCUAGAUCUUGCCCUAACUCACUCCCUACACUUACCCCUCUGACCCUUCAAUCCGCGCGUCGGAAUUUCCCAGCGCGAUCUGUUCUGACCUAGUUGUUCCUGCUCCUCGAUUUCCUCUUCCGUAACCCUAUUUAAUCCGUCUGCAAUGGCCUCUUUCCGCUCAGAUCUAACAUCCAGAAUUCACCCUGAGCCCGAUGUCGAGGAUGUCGACCACUUUGAUCGCUUGCCGGAUUCUCUGCUUCUCCUAGUCUUCAACAAGAUCGGCGAUGUGAAGGCUCUCGGUCGCUGCUGUGUCGUUUCCCGCAGAUUUCACUCUCUCGUUCCCCAGGUGGAGAAGGUUGUUGUUCGUGUCGACUGUGUUAUCUCCGACGAUGAUUCCUCCUCCUCCGCUGUUUCCUCUGACAAAUCCCGCGGUCCCUUCUCUAAUCUCUGUCGGCUACUUUUCGGUGGCAUUGUCAAGCCCCUUCAAGCUCUGGGGCAGUUCUUGGGUCCCAAAAGAGCCUCUUCGAGUUCCGGUCCUUCGUCUUCGUCCACCUCUCUGGCCGUUGGGAGUGAAGAAGACGGGGAGGGCGAUCAAGGCGUUGUGACUCAUCACUCACCGACCCAAGUUUUGAAGAAUUUCAAUGAGAUUCGAUUCCUUCGGAUUGAGCUGCCCAGUGGAGAACUAGGAAUAGAAGAUGGGGUUUUGUUAAAAUGGAGAGCUGAUUUUGGGUCCACUUUGGAUAACUGUGUGAUCUUGGGCGCUUCUUCGGUUGUGUACCCUGGACCAACAAAGUCUUUGUGCCCCCAGGAAGGGGGUUCUGAUGCCGGAUGUGGGAACAGUGGCGGUGACGACAAUGGAAGCAUACCUGACUCGUUUUACACAAACGGGGGUCUGAAACUUAGAGUUGUUUGGACAAUUAGCUCUUUGAUAGCUGCUUCCGCAAGGCAUUACUUGCUGCAACCCAUCAUUUCAGAGCAUAAAACAUUGGAUAAUUUAGUUUUGACAGAUGCAGAUGGGCAGGGUGUUUUGUCUAUGAAUAGAGACCAGCUUGAGGAGCUCAGAGUGAAGCCACUGUCAGCGUCUUCAGCAUCGAAGAGGACUCUUGUACCCGCGCUCAAUAUGAGGCUAUGGUAUGCUCCUCACUUGGAAUUGCCUGAUGGGGUUGUUUUGAAGGGUGCGACCCUUGUUGCCAUUAGACCUAGUGAGCUGUCCUCCACGGCAAAGAAGGAAGUCUCUGAUGUGUCCUGGGUUUCAACAGCAUUUGGGGAGCCGUAUGGGGCGGCAGCAAGGAUGCUGGUUAAGAGGCGGACAUACUGUCUUGAGAUGAACUCUUUCUGAUUAUACGAGCCUUUGGGUCCGUGGGAAAGCGAAAUCAUGUGAGAAAUAGGGAAACAUGGUACUUCCUGAAAGAAAGAACGAGAAAGGGCAAUUUUUCUUGGAGGGUGCAUGGAGUUAGGCACCAAUGGGAAGAUGAAUUUUGCUCUUCCUUACCUUUCAAGCUGCGGCCACAGUGGAAUGAUAGAUUAAAGAGCUGCCGGUCAUUGGGCUGUUGUGCUUGAACUGUUAACUAAAUGCAUCUGCUGGGUUUUUUUGGUUGAGGCAAUACUUGUAAGAUUGUGCACCUGCCUGUAACAGCUGAGUUUGUAGUUAUCUUUUUCUAUUCUCAGUGAUCCCUCUGUGAAUAUUCUAGCAGGUACUAGUUUGGUAUGUUUUUGUGAUAUAUUCUUCUAAAGUGAAAUGAGCAAUGUGCUUUGCAUCUGUAA